GACGGCUUGUAGCUGAGUCACCACCAUGCGCGCUCAGCUGGCUGUCACCUCUUUGCUCACCCUGGAUCUGCUUUUUCUCUCCCCCUCUUUGUAUGCCUGGUCAGAUAAGGUUAUGGUUACCCCCCAAAAACUGGAUCCUGACAUUAAUGGAAGACAGUAUUAUAAGGAAGGCCGUGGACGGGCUAAGGACAGAGGAGUUAUAUUCCAGAUAUCAGCUUUUCAGGAGGAUUUCUAUUUGAACUUGAGUCCCGAUUCUCAGUUUAUUGCCCCAGCUUUUUCCAUGCAUUUCCCUGGCACUGCCCCCAAACCAUCACCAAGCCUGAGGCACUGCUUCUACUCUGGAGACGUCAAUUCACACCGGGAUUCCUUUGCUGCUCUCAGCCUUUGUGGGGGACUUCGGGGGGCAUUUGGCUAUCGAGGGGUGGAAUAUUCCAUCAGUCCAUUAAAGAAUGGCACAUGGGAUCAGUUACAAGUAGGUCACCAGGGGCUGCACCUCCUGCAGCGAAGCAGAGCAUUGUUGCAGGCAGCAGACACUACAUCUAGGUGUGGGGUCGGCUCGGGUUUGAACCAUGGCAUCAUGGAAGCUCUUCAGAGAUACAAAAGCUCCAAACAUGGCAAACACCAAAUCAAUGGCACCAGGAGAGGAGGCCAUAGGUCCCGACGCUUUGCCUCAAUCACCAGGUAUGUGGAGACACUGAUUGUGGCAGAUGAGACCAUGCUCAAGUUCCAUGGAGAGGACCUUCAACAUUAUCUGCUCACGUUAAUGGCCACUGCUGCUCGCUUGUAUCGCCACCCCGGCAUCCAGAAUCCCAUCAAUAUAGUUGUGGUGAAGUUCAUGGUCCUGACAGACGAUGGGAAAGGACCUAAAGUUACCACCAAUGCUGCCAUGACCCUGAGGAGCUUCUGUGCUUGGCAGAAGAAAUGGAACAAAGUGAGUGACAAGCACCCCGAAUACUGGGACACCGCCAUUCUCUUCACCAAAACGGACCUGUGCGGAGCCUCGACGUGCGACACGCUGGGCAUGGCGGAUGUGGGCACCAUGUGCGACCCGAAACGCAGCUGCUCAGUGAUCGAGGACGACGGUCUGCCAUCCGCCUUCACCACGGCGCAUGAGCUGGGUCACGUCUUCAACAUGCCACACGACAACGUCAAAGCCUGCGAGGAGGUGUUUGGAAAACUCAAAGAGAAUCACAUGAUGUCACCCACAUUGAUCCAGAUCGACCGAGCCAAUCCCUGGUCCGGGUGCAGUGCCGCCAUCAUCACCGACUUCUUAGACAGCGGGCACGGUGAAUGUCUCCUGGACGAGCCGGCGAAGCCGAUCACACUCCCUGACGAGCUGGCCGGAGGACGUUACAGUCUGGGCCGGCAGUGCGAGCUGGCAUUCGGCCUGGGCUCCAAGCCUUGCCCCUAUAUGCAGUACUGUACAAAGCUGUGGUGUACGGGCCGAGCCCGGGGGCAGCUGGUGUGCCAGACCCGCCACUUUCCCUGGGCUGACGGUACCAGCUGUGGUGAGGGAAGGUUCUGCCUGAAUGGAGAGUGCGUGGAGAAGCACAACACCACCCGGCAUCAGGUGAGUAUCUGGGUUUGUCCCUGCGUUUGGCGCUCACCUUUCCGGUGCUCCGUCAUACUUCUCCUCUGUGUUCCAGGGAAAGGCUUCCGGGAAGAGCAAUGCGAAGCUUUCAAUGGUUACAACCAGAGCACCAAUCGGCUGACGUCUGCAGUGGGCUGGGUCCCCAAAUACUCCGGAGUGUCCCCGAGAGACAAGUGUAAGCUGAUCUGCAGAGCCAACGGCACCGGCUACUUCUACGUCCUGGCACCGAAGGUUGGUACCUUGCUGGACCCCAUUCACUGA